UUCUCGUUUGAGUAACGUUUCCUCAUAUAAAACUCUCAUAGGCUUUAGAAAGGCGCGAAGAAAUAAUAUUUUUUCAAGACAAUUAUCUCGAUAAUUGAAGUGUGAAUUUACACAUUAAGUGGUGGAUAGUUCAGAUUCAGUAUAUAUCGGAUGGAAGCCAUGAAUUCUAACGCCGUUACUGUCAAAAUAGAACCACCAGACGACUUUGACGCGGGAACAAGUGAGAAUGUGUCACCUACUACACUCCAGAAUGGAAUAACCGAAAAUAGCGAUCCACCGCCCAGCAAGAAGGGAACGAGUAACAGUUUUAAUGAUUCAAGGAAUUUUACUUGUUUAUUGUGCGACAUCGUUUGUAACAGUCGUGAUGAGCUCAGGAAGCAUUUAAAGAACACUCAUGCUUCAAAGAGUUAUUCUACAAUGAAUAACUCAAUGUACUUAAAUAAGAUUUCGUCUGAAGCCACGACAAGAGCGUUUUCCGGAUACGUAAAUUAUCGUUAUACGUGUCCGAUUUGUGGAGCUAAAUUCAAAAGUUUUCGGACAUAUUUGACACAUAACAUGUCACAUCGUGGUGCAAGCGGUCUUCAGCCCUUUGACGAGGCUAGGAUGGCCGCGCUCUUUGGAACCGGGAAGCAAUAUAUGCAGGACUACCUUGAGGCGGAGGAAGGAUACGCGGGGACUUUUACAUGUAAUGAGUGUAAAACAGUGUUUGUGCAAAGAGAUGCAUAUGCAAUGCAUAUGAUGAUGCGCGCGAUGAAAGGAACAUGUAAAACGGCUAAUAGCCUGUAUGAAAAUAGUUCUCAUUCAACAAGUAAUGACUGUGAGCUGAAACAUGUCCCAAACGGAACUGAUGUUAGGCUAACGAAUCAGUCUGGAGAAUUAUCGACGGUCUCAAUAGGACAAACAAAUCAGCGUUGUUUAGAAGAUGUAACGGCUAAAAUAGAUCAAGAUGAAUAUUUAAAAUCUGUCUUAGAUAAAGUAUGUGCCUCUGACGUAACCAAACUAGAAGUACCAAAUUAUAAUAUGGAUGAAAGGAAAGUAUGUUCGUUUUGUACAGACUCCUUUGUGGACCAGGAUUCUUUGGCAAUGCACGUGAUGUCGGAUCAUGCAGACGAGAUGUCUUCAUCCAGUAGCAGAAAUAACAAUUGUCCAAGAGGCCCGAACCACGAGGACUACUUGGCUUGGAUGGCCGUUGCAACAAAACCACUGAUGAUAAGCUCUGUUUGUAAGUACUGUAAUGAAACAUUCAUGUCACGUGACAGUUUAGCUUUGCACGUGCUGACGCAUGCGCACUUAGAUGAACGGACAUCUGGGCAAUCACGAAAAUCAUUCAAGCGAAAAUCUGACGUUCCAGAAACCGGUUCGUCCUUACUUCAGUCACCAAAAUUGUUAAAGUUCAACACUGGAGCAGAAACCAAACACCCUAGUGGUUUUACAACGCCAAAAGAGCAGGCGAACAAUGAAGUGGAUUCCAACCUAUACUGUAAAGAAUGUGACAUAAAAUUUUACGCUGUUUCUGAAUACAGAUGGCAUAUGGAACGCCACAAUGGAGAUGAUACAUCAUCUUAUGAUGAACCUCUCUGUUUAACCAAACAUUCUGAACGAAAUUAUCUAUCAUGUAAAAAUGAGUUAUCUACAAAUGUUUCCGCCGAGAAUAGUCAAAGAAGGAGAAAUAGUUUUUCUUCAACGGAACAAAAAGAUGUAUUGACAAGGAAUGACAUAUUGCCGCAACGGCCAGUAUCGGUUGGUGAUUGUUCGAGAAAUACCUUAAAAGAACUAAGUAAAUCACAUAACGAACACCGUCAAAGGGACUCUGAAAAUAACACUAAAACUUUAGAUGAAAAAACUAUGCUUGAUACUAUAAAUGCACUGAGUACUAGCGAGCAGCGCAUUAUCUAUUCAGUGUUUGGCAGUGACUUAGGUUUGAAAAUCGAAAAUGCCGAAGAACUAUCUGAAAGCUCAAGAUCAUGCACGCCACCAGUUGAUUUGUCGUCUGCAAAACGGAAAAUUGCUCAAGAAGACGCUGAUACUGAUACUGGUAUGGUGCAUUGUGACACAGAUGUACAUGAAAUAACCAAAAAUGAAGACUCUGAUGAAAACUUAAAAGUGAUACCGGGAGAUCCAAACAAACCUAUGUGCAAGUACUGUGAAAUAUUAUUUUUUAAUAAAGCUAUUUACUAUCUACAUAUGGGAUUACAUAAUGUGAACAAUCCGUGGCAGUGUAACAUAUGUGGAAAGAUAUGUAAAGAUGCAGUAGAUUUUGCCGCUCAUGUUAUACAUAUGUGAUUUUUAUAAGCAUAUUGAUUGUAUAAAAUGCAGGUUACAAAUUAUAUAUACUUCUUCUCUUUUAUAAAACUAACGUGUUGAUUUUUUAAUGAUAUUCUAAGCAUUUUCAUCAUUUUGAUAUCAAAAUAGAAUAGCAAUCAAUUCAACAAUUACAACUUGUUAUAAUAAUUCCUUCACACAGCAUGCAUAUACAUGCAAUAGUAUGUUUGACGAGGCAACUGCUUCAAAACUGGUUGUAAACACACUGAUGAGAUCUAGAAUGUCACCAACCUGAAAACAGUCUUUAUCGUCGUGUGAAUCCAUACUCGACUAUUCAGGAGAGAAUACAGUCAGCAUAUUGAAUAUUUGUCUAAACCAUUGUAACCAUUUUAUAUAUUCCAUACAGUACUGUCAUCAAAGCUUUAAAUAUAUUCAUUUACUAAACACCAGACCCAC